AUGAAGCUAUCGAUUAUUUUAGUUAUAUUAUAUAUUACAUGUGCAUGGGUUAAGUCUAAUACUGAAGAUCCUCCACCUCCACCAUAUGAAGAGUUUUACUAUAUGCAAACUUUAGAUCACUUUAACUUUUACAACAAAGGAUCAUUCCCACAGCGUUAUCUUGUUUCUGAUACAUAUUGGACCAGACCAACUGGACCAAUCUGUGAAUCACCAGUUCUUUUUUACACAGGAAAUGAAGGUGAUAUUGUAUGGUUCUAUGAAAACUCGCAGUUUGUAACCAAUGUUUUGGCAAAAGAGAUGGGUGCUCUUCUUGUUUUUGCUGAGCAUCGUUUCUAUGGUGAAACAAUGCCAUUCGGAAACAGUUCAUCUUUGCCAGAGAAUAUCGGGUACCUUACCAGCGAGCAGGCUUUGGCAGAUUAUGCUCAACUGAUCCCAGCGGUUUUGAGUGACCUCGGUGGUUCGCAUUGCCCAGUAUUAGCAGUCGGUGGAUCGUAUGGUGGUAUGCUUGCAUCUUGGUUCAGAAUGAAAUACCCAAAUAUCAUUGAUGGUGCUUUGGCUGCAUCUGCACCAAUCCUUUACUUUUUAGGAACCAAUGCCAACUCUGAAGGUUUCAACGAGAUUGCUACUAUCGAUUUCGCCGAAACCAGCUCUGAAGGUACCUGUGCUACUCGUAUUCACAGUGCUUUCAACGAAAUCACCCAAAUGUCCAAUACACAGAAUGGACUCAAUGUUCUUACUAAAACCUUUUCACUCUGUGAAGAGUUAACCGAAUUGAGCGAUUUAAUAAAUUGGUUAGAGGCAGCGAUCACCUACAUGGCUAUGGCCGACUAUCCUUAUCCAGCAAACUUUUUAGAGCCAAUGCCAGGUAACCCCAUUAAUGUCUCGUGCUCGUUACUCGCAAAGGAAACUGACAAUAUCCAAGGUUUGGUACAAGUAAUGAAUGUCUACUUCAACUCCUCAGGUCAGGCCGGUCAAUGUAACAAUGUUUCUGUUUACACAACAGGUGCACUUGGAUCUGAUGGAUGGGACUAUCAAGCAUGCACAGAGAUGGUCAUGCCAAUUUCUGCCAAUGGUGUUCAAGAUUUCUUCCCAGCAGCACCAUGGUCAUUGUCCCAGUUGACUCAAUACUGUCAGCAGACAUGGCAAGUCACACCCAAUCCAAACUGGAUAACCACUUACUACCAAGGUCAAGAUUUAAGUCAAACUAGUAAUAUCAUUUUUAGUAAUGGUGUGUUAGAUCCAUGGCGUGCUGGUGGUGUUGUCAGCAAUGACGGAGGUAAUGACAUUAUCACGAUCAUUAUCGAUGGUGGAGCUCAUCAUCUCGAUCUAAGAAUGCCAAACUCUGCAGAUCCAACAGCUGUAACAAAUGCAAGAGUUCUUGAAACAAAAUAUUUGAUGCAAUUUGCUCAAGAAGCCUCUUUCAAAAAACAACUAAAAUCCAAGUGA